AAGAACUCUAUACUUCAAGUACACACUACACAAACACCUGUCAAGUUCAUGUAAACAAGACAUUCGUAACUAACAGGACUCACACACAUACUACCAUGGCUUAUCCUUAUCCCUACUUCUUCCCUGAUCCGGUCGAUGGAUUUUAUAAUCAGGCGUCUCCCCCAGAACCUAACCCAGACUGGAUAGACCCUGUAGAAGUGAACAAAACCUACUUGAACAAUAUUAAAAAAGACUGCGUUAUGGAGGAGUUCAAAGGAUUAAAGGAAGAGAACCUGUACUUGCUCGAGGUAUUUGUUGAGGAAGUAGAAAUAAGGAAUGAUAUCAGUGAAAGUAAAGAGGACAAAGAAACUAAUAAUCCAGACAUAACUAUUAAAGUGAAAAUUUUAAAUCUACCAUUUAUGGACACCAGUGAGUCAGACACAGCGAAGUUACCUGAAUCAAAUGACGGACCUAAGUUUACUGCACUACUAGAAACCAUUUAUAACGCGUCUGGUCGUCACGUAAGUUUUGCUUCAGAGUGGGGCGAAGAACAGACAGGUGUGGGAAGAAGAAACUGACAAUGCACAGAGAGGGGAGAAUGAAAAGGACCAGAACGAAAUGAGUGAAAAAGAUAAGCAAAGCAAAAUCGAAAAAGAAAGGAAAGUUUUGGUUGAAAAAGCCGAGAAAGUCCCAAAAUCUGUAAAAAUUGAACAGUCUCCAAAAGGCUCAUCAAUAAAGAUCAUGAAAGGUCAAAGUGCGUUGUUCACCAUGACUGGACUUGCUAUGAUCCAAAACCUUCAGGGUCACCCCGUACUUGUUAAGGCAACUCGAAAUGAUACCAAAAACGAAGAUUAUAACAUAGAAGGGGAUAUCCUGGGGUCUACAUCAGUAAGAGUUCCAGACGAUUUUCGUCUUGCAGUACUUCGAUCAUCUCUACCAGAUAGCAUAUUGCCCUACCUGGCUGUGAAGUCUGACAAGUACCAGCUACGUGACGCGCAGGAUGAAGAGGUGGGAAUUGUUCACCUCACAAUAGCCCUGAGCAGCUUUGGAAAAGUUAUAGUCAACAGUGUGAAACAAACUGGCGAAGAUGAAUACGAGUUUGAUAACACUCUUUUAUUCAAAUCAAUGAAAAAAUCCCCGGAAAACAUUUUGCCCGUGAAUCCAGAAUUUGCAAAAAUAGUUAUCCAAAUGGGUCUCCCUAAUAUAAGAUCUGAUACGAGUACUGAAAUAUUAAAGUCCUGUGUGACCAAAAAUUUAAUUGAUAUAGAUCCAGAAUCGAAAAAGCAGAUGUUAGAAGGAAGUUCCUGUGAAUGGUUUGACAUGGUAAAACAGUCACAAGGAAAUAGAAGUUCUUAUUCUAAAGAAAUGAGGGGCGAUAACUCUAACUAUCCGUGUUGUAAGGACAAACCGAGUUACGGUGAAAGAAUGUUGGAAGAUGCUCAGUCUAAACACAUUGGUGACAAACAUAAGGAAAAGGAUUAUAAGAGUAAAGAAAAGGAUGAAAAGAGUAAAGGAAAGAACAAACGGAAAUCACACGAAAAAACAAAUAGAAAAUUACUUUCCAAUGAAUCCACAGGGUACACCCACCCGACCACUUUGAAUUUUUCAGAAAGGCUGUCAAAACUAAAUAAAGGCAGACUGAAUACAGUAUCUGAAAUUAUGAAUCACUGUUACUCUAAGAAAUAUCUUAAAGCAGAUCCAAACUUAAUAAACCAAGAAAGCUUACCAGAAUUCAACUGGUUCUCCGAGGUAAAGCGGACAAGUACACUUCCACAAAGUACAUUUGAUUACAAAGAAACUGACGACUGGGCGGAAAUAGUAAAACUGACUACGUCUUUAAGAUCCUCCGAUAACAAGUCAUAUAAUGCAUCGAAGCCAGGACAGAAAAAAUUUGAAAUAGAUCCACAAGUCUGUAAAUGCCUCAUUCGGUCGGAAAAGACUCGACUAAAAUGUCCCCGGAUUACGGCGAAAUUAAAGAAGAUUAAUCUAGGCAAAACAGAGGAUGAUUUUUCAGUUUUAUGGGUGCGACAUAAAAAAAUAUGUAGAGAUUUGAAACGAAAAUGUGAAAUUACGGAUCAGAAAAAACCUAGUAUUUAUGACAGAUUGGAAGAACUAAGAAUUAAAACCGAUGAGAAACAAUGAGGAAAGUGAAGAUAAGCCGUUAGAAGAUACAGAAAUUAAAAACACUAAUGACCCUCGGCCAUCGAUGACUUCAAAAUCCUCUAAGAAAUCUAAAAGAAAGAGUUUGUAAAAAGUUUUUAUUGUUUCGUUAUAAAACACAGAUAAUUUUAUUCAUA